ACAAGGUUGCUCACCCUAACAAGGCCUUAACAGGAUCAUAUAUUAUUCCGGGAACAAUUAGGUAUAAAUCUCAGUGUCAAAUGGAUUCUUCACAAAAGAGUGGCGAAAUGGCCAUCAACAUCACAGAAUCGAAGUCUACCAAAGGGAAAGCUGCUGCUGUUGCUCCGGCCACCAUCAUAGCGACAACAAAAGGCGCAGAAAAUCCGAAAGGUGGAUGGAAAAGAGGGGUGGGAGUAUUUGACUUUAUACUGAGAAUUUGUGCAAUUGGAGCAGCUUUAGCUGCUACUGCAACAAUGGGAACUACUGAUCAGACUCUCCCUUUCUUCACUCAGUUCCUUCAGUUCCAAGCUAGCUAUGAUGAUCUCCCAGCUUUCACGUAUUUCGUGAUUGCCAAUGGGAUAGCGAGUGCUUAUCUUGUCCUCUCCCUGCCAUUCUCCGUUGUUUGCAUUGUUCGUCCACAUAUAGUUGGAGCAAGGCUUCUCCUUCUCAUCUUAGACACUGUGAUGAUAGCUCUGACAACAUCUGGAGCUGCUGGGGCGGCCUCUAUUGUAUAUUUGGCGCAUAAUGGGAAUCCAAACACGAACUGGAAUGCAAUUUGUCAGCAGUUUAAUGACUUUUGCCAGAGGGUGAGCGGAGCAGUGGUGGCAUCCUUCAUCACAGCUUUCAUCUUCAUGUUUCUUGUUGUCUUGUCUGCGGUGGCUCUAAGGAGAAACUAGUGUAAUAUGUUCUAUUGUGCUAUCAUUCGUUACAUUUCUCUCUGUUUCAGCGUCCUUGUUUUUUCAAAUUACAGUUGAAAAUGCAAAAUUUGUAAUUGGUUUGGUGCUUGGUUUGUGUUCAA